CUUCCACGGAGGGUCAGUCCACCCACGGAGAGCGGGGAAAGCACAGCAGGCGAAACGGGCUGCGAGUAAUUCUUGGUUCAUAACAACAGAGCUCAUUGGUUUGAUCUCUACGAUUUCAUCGGACCUCCAUCCCCUGGAAAAGGUCACGGCUCUUCCUGCUAAAGUUGCGAUGGCGGAGCGGGUUCUGGUGGUAGGAGGCGGGGGACGGGAACACGCGCUGGCCUGGAAGCUGGCCCAGUCGCCCCGGGUCCAGCAGGUUCUGGUGGCUCCCGGAAACGCAGGAACCGCCAGCUGCGGCAAGAUCAGCAACUCUGAGGUGUCGGUGAGCAACCACAGCAUCCUGGCUCAGUUCUGUAAGGACCACCACGUCGGUUUGGUCGUAGUCGGACCCGAGGCGCCGCUGGCAGCAGGUGGAGUCGAUUCCAGUUUCUUAUUGUGGGAUCGAACCUCAGGCGGUUCUGACCCGUAUCGUCUCUGCAGCCCCUUUCAUCCUGCUUGAUGCUCCUAUCGCAGAUCAGCCUCCAUUUUGAGCUGCAGGAUGGAAAUAACUUGCUGACUUGUUACUAGAGGUAAGUGUUGCCGCUCCGGGUCCCUCCGUGUCUCUCGGCUCUCUGGAGCCUUUCUAACCGAUGAACCCACCGAGGCUUCCCGGGGCCUCAGUCACCUCGGCCUGGGUCGCUCGGCUCUCAUAGGGCCUGGUCCCCGCAGCAGCGCUCUGUUUACUUUAUUGAAGGCCUGAUCUAGAAAGGAAUUAGAUCAAAUGAAAAACUUUAU